CACCGCCGAGCUCCGCCGCUCCGUGUGAUAAACCCGUGCAGCGCGCAUGCGCGUUCUCUUCGUUCCUGCGCUAGGAGGGCAGCCAUGGUGAACGUACCGAAAACCCGCAGGACAUACUGCAAGAAGUGCAAGAAGCACCAGCCUCAUAAAGUUACCCAGUACAAGAAGGGCAAAGACUCUCUUUAUGCCCAGGGUAAGAGGCGUUACGACAGAAAGCAGAGCGGUUACGGUGGACAAACAAAGCCUAUUUUCAGGAAAAAGGCCAAAACCACAAAGAAGAUCGUGCUGAGGCUGGAGUGUGUGGAGCCCAACUGCCGCUCUAAGAGGAUGCUGGCCAUUAAGAGAUGCAAACACUUUGAAUUGGGUGGAGACAAGAAGAGAAAGGGCCAGGUCAUCCAGUUCUAAGCUGGGCCAUGGACGCUUUUGUGCUAUUCCAUCAAUAAAAGUUGUAUACAGAAA